AGUGAAUUUUAAAUAAAACAACUCGGAUGCCAUUGAAGUGCAGACUUUCAGCUUUUAUUCCAUGGGUUGAACAAAAAGAUUGCAUAAUCCUGAGGUCCUGACUGUAUUAUCAGAUGUUCUACUGGAGGGUUUUUCACUCUGCACCAAAUAAAACCAAAUUAAUCUUCUGGAUUUUUCUACACUAUUGUGCCAACAGCAUUGUUUAAUUAAAGUUUGAAUUCAAUAAAAAUGAAAUUACAGUAGUUUGAAGCCUAAAAGUAAACUUUUCAAACUUAAGUUUAAAAAACGGAACAUACCAAAAUGUUGUUAAAGAAGGGGAAUCAGUAAAAGAUUAUGGUUUAUACUUUAGAAAAUAAUAAACAAAAUUAUAUAUAUAUUAGUGAUAUUAGGAUACAAAUUUAAAUUGUAAAUAAAUAAAAUGUACCAAAACAGUAUCAGUUCUUCUCAGAUUUACUUCAGUAAGUAGUAUAGUUUAAAAAAAUUAAAAAUUACAACUAUUGUUUUCUUUUUCCUUUUCCUUAUUCGUCAUCCUGAGCUAAAAUCUCACAAUUAAAAGUAAACACUUUUGAUGUAGAAUCAAAGUUUGAAAAACUGCAACUCUCCUUUUUUACCAGUAGAUAGAGCUCCUCAUGCAUAAAAGUCUAAAAGUUUAUUAGAUUCGAUUUUCCAUCUACUGUACCCCCUGUUUCCUGCUAGUUGUGAUCUUCCACAGGUCAAGCGCACGCGGCCACCUGUCUGCCAGCGCGAGGCUGUGAAGGAAAUUAUCUGGCACCCUAAUUCCAUGUUAAGCCACCCGGGCUGCAGAUGGAGAAGAUCAGCGAGGGAGUCGCAGUCUGCGAGGAGGAGCGUUAAGCGCACGCGCUCAGGCGGAGGAGUCCUGUAGACCGCGGAGGAUUUGCGCCACAGGCUGUUUGGAGUUUCCAACAUGGAUGGAGAGAAAGCGCGCGCUGUCCUGUGCACUCAAAUAUUUCUGGGUUCGCUUUGAAAAAUGUUUUUAAAAACGUGAUUGUGGAUUCAAUUAGAUCAGGGAAGAUGUAGUCUCGCCUUGUCCUCUGGAAAACCGCGUCUCAGGGAGGAAUGGAGCUUCUUCGCGCGCUCCUGCUGGCUCUCUUUUGCGCACAGGCGCGCGGACAGGUAUACAACCUGACCCUGUCUGUCAAAGAGGGUCUGCCCGCCAGAACUAUUGUCGGAGAUCUGGGAGCGGGACUGAGCAGACGCAGCACUGGAUUUUUCAUCUCAGAGAGCAGAGACUCGUAUGUGUUCAGAGACUUGGAAAUCGACGCGGACUCGGGCAUCAUCUCCACUGCGGUGGUCCUGGACAGAGAGAACAGAGAUAAGUACGACUUUGUGGCAGCCACUCUCACGGGGGAGGUGAUCAGAGUGAGAAUAGAGGUGGAAGAUAUCAAUGAUCAUUCCCCAGUGUUUCCAUCUGGGGAGGUGGAGCUGGAGGUGUCAGAGCUGAGCCCAACAGGGAGCCGCUUCCAUCUUGAAGGUGCAGAGGACCAGGAUGAGGGGCUUUUUGGAACUCAGGGGUACAGGAUCAUAGAGGGUAACCUGACAGAUUAUUUCUUUCUGGAUUACUGGAGCUCAUCAAAGCCGCCCCUCAAUCUAGACCUCAUCCUCAGUAAAAAACUUGACAGAGAAACUCAGGACGUUUUCUCCUUGACCAUUGAGGGCUUUGAUGGUGGGAUUCCAGCCAGAACGGGAAGGCUGCAGUUGAAAAUACGUGUGCUGGACGAAAACGACAACCCCCCUGUGUUCAACCAGACUGAAUACCACACCUCAAUCCAUGAAGAUGCCCCCGUCGGGUCCUUUGUGUGCCAGAUCCACGCCACUGACCCCGACCUGGGAGACAACGGUAGAGUGACUUAUGAGAUCAACAGGCGACAGAGUGACCUGAAUCACGUUUUUUCAAUCAAUGAAACCACGGGGGUGGUUUAUCUCAACCAGAAGCUUGAUUUCGAGACUCAACCCUUUCAUGAGUUGAUCAUCAGGGCACGAGACAACGGCGCUCAACCCGAGUACAGCAGCACCUUUGUGGGUGUCAAGGUGCUCAACAUUAACGAUAACAGUCCCACUAUCACGGUGCUGUUUCUCAGUGAGACGGGAGAAGCUCUGGUAUCUGAGGCAGCAUCAGUUGGAGACUAUGUCGCCCGGAUUUCACUGUCAGACCCAGACCUUGAGGAGGAGAAGAUCUCUGUCACGCUUGAAGGAGGGGAUGGGAAGUUCACCCUGAAGCAAACAGAUGAUUUUCUUUAUGCGUUGUGUGUUCACUCUGAGCUCGACAGGGAGGAGGAGGACCUGUACGAGUUGAGGGUGAAAGCAACAGAUUCUGGAAGUCCUCCGCUUAGCAGUGAGAUGGUACUUCUUCUGAAGGUGCUGGAUGCAAACGACUGCCUCCCUGUCUUCGAGAAAGAGGUAUACACGAUCAGCGUUGCAGAAGAUCUUCCUCUGGGGAGUUCCGUCAUACAGAUGACAGCUCGAGAUGCAGACGAAGGGCCCAACGCAGAUGUGAGAUUCUCCAUCCUGAAGACCAACCAGGACGGCCUGAUCCGCAUUGACCCGCAGUCUGGCUUGGUUACCACGGCGGCAGCCCUCGACAGGGAGUCACAGGAGGAGCUGUGGUUCCUGGUGGUGGCAGCAGAUGGAGGAGAGCCGACUCUUUCAUCUACAGCCACAGUGUCUGUGACGCUGGAGGACGUAAACGACAACGAGCCAGUGUUCCAGCAGCAGCUGUACAGCGUGUCCAUACCAGAGCACAGCGACGUCGGAAGCUGCUUUUUACAAGUUGUUGCCACGGAUGCAGACACUCCUGAGUUUAGUGUGCUGCUCUACUCUCUGUCCGAUGGCUUUGACAAUGCGGACAGGCACCCCCUCUUCCAAGUCCAGCCCCACACAGGAGAGCUGUGUGUUUCUCAGGACAUUGACAGAGAUGUAGGUCCGAGUGUUUAUGACAUCCUGAUCAAAGCUGAAGAUCCAGGAGGUCAGAGUGCCCAAACCUAUGUGCAUAUUGAAAUAGAAGACCUGAACGAUAACGCUCCGGUGUUUAACCCAGAAGAGUACACUGUUAGUGUCAGCAACCACGCCCCACCUGGCACCGAAAUCCUCAGCGUUAUAGCGACUGAUCAAGACACGGGCAGGUUUGGAUACAUCAGCUAUAGUAUUAUACCCAAAGACAUGUCCAGCUUGUUUAUGCUGGACACACAAACAGGGAUGCUCUUCCUGAACUCCUCCCUGAUCCACCUGGGUGCAGCAAGUGUGAAGCUUUUCAUAACAGCCCAGGAUGGGGAGGGUCUGGCUUCUGCCAGACCUGCAGAGGUCACCAUCAACAUCCUGCAGAGUGCUCAGAUUCCUGCUGUGUUCCAGAAAUCCCGCUACACUUUCACAAUUCCCGAAGAUGCGGCACUCGGGACAUAUGUGGGGAAGGUGCAGGCUGUUGUCCCGACGCAGUCAACAAAAUCUGUUUCCUACCGAAUCUCGUCUGGGGAUCCACACAAAUGGUUCUCCAUUCAUCCGAAAUCUGGUGCGAUCAGCAGUAUCAAGCCCCUGGACCAUGAGAGUCAGCCGUACGUCCUGCUGGUUCUUCAGUGCUACACAGAGACCUCUGAGGUCUACAGUACAGCUCAAGUCAACAUCUCUAUAGCAGACAUAAAUGACAACGCCCCCGUCUUCCCCAAAAGCAGCGACUCCAUCACAGUGUCCCAGGGGACUCUGCCGGGGACAGUGCUCUUCAUCGCUCAUGCUCACGAUCACGACAGUGGUGCCAAUGGAAGGGUGCGGUAUUACCUAAAGCAUACAGGUGGGCUGUUUGCCAUCGAGCGCAACCUUGGAACUGUCACCCUCAACCAGAGCUUACAAGGGGGGCAUCAGUCAAGCUAUGGGCUGGAAAUUGUAGCUGAGGAUGAAGGAGAUCCAUCACUCAGCUCCAUACUGACACUUUUGGUUGAUGUGGACCAAAAAGCCGCAGAGGACAACCUGGCAUUUGAGACUCUUGUUUAUCAGGUAGAGAUAGGUGAGGCAUACCGCAAAGACUCUCGAGUCAUCCAGGUGAGAGCGCACCAAACCUGGGGAGCUCGCACAUCCAACACAGACCUGACUUACUCUUUAGAAACAGAGCCAGGGUUCCCUCCCGCUCCGUUUCGUGUUCACCCAAAGACUGGGUGGCUGUACCUUUCCAACAGUCUAGAUUUUGAGGCUGAGUCAAGGUUUCGUUUUCAAGUGUUGGCCACGUCCACGGAUGCCUCUCUGGAAAACACCACAGCAACAGCAACAGUGAUCGUUCAUGUGUUGGACAUCAAUGACAACGCACCUGUGUUUGGUAGAGAGGUUUACUACUUCACUGUGUCAGAGGGGUCCUCACCUCAGGGUCUCGUCGGAACAGUUGAGGCUGUUGAUAAGGACUCUGGGAAAAACAGCCAGCUGUCCUACAUCCUUCUGUCGGACGGGAAAUUCUUCCGCAUCAACGCUAGAACAGGUGAGAUCAUCAACUGGGUGGCGUUGGAUCGGGAGCGACACGGCCAGCACACCCUGAAGGUGAUGGUGACUGACCAGGGACACCCUCGUUUAAACGCCACGGCAACCGUUCACAUCCUGAUCACAGACAUCAACGACAACAGUCCACAGUUUAGACACAUUCCUGCUAGCAAAGAGCUGAGUAUCCACAUGCAGGCAGAUGCCCCUGCAGGAUCUGUGGUGACAAACAUGUUUGCAACAGACUUGGAUGCAGGAGAGAAUGGAACAGUUACUUAUUCUCUGAUGACAGAAGGGGAUGCGGUCGGACACUUUGAGGUGGACAGUGAAAGCGGAGAGAUUAGAAUGACUCAGCUUUUCACCCAAAAUACCAAACAGCAUUACAUUCUGAAAGUAACAGCAAAGGACGGUGGAGUUUCUCCACAGGAAAAUACUGCAGUGCUUCAUGUGCAGGUCUAUGGAUCUGAGAAAGCGUUCGGCAUCUCCAGCCACCAGGCUUUGAGGCAUUUCUUUGUGCGUGAGGACACCAAGCCUGGGGCUGUUAUUGGCUCUGUGAGUGUGGGGAGUGAAGGCAGGUUUCAUUACUCCAUCGCCGAAGGGGAUGGGAGCCUUUACUUUGGCAUUGAUGGCACCUCUGGUGACCUCUACGUUAACCAGCCACUGGACUACGAGUCCACGUCUCAGUUCUUCUUGCUGGUUCGCGCUGAGGAUGUGGGCCCUGCUGCUGGGGUGAACGUGUCUGUUGCUGUCAGUGUCACGGUGGAAGACGUCAAUGAUCACACGCCUUGGUUCUUGGAGGAGCUGGUGAUUUUUGGUCUACGCGAAGACGCCGCAGUUGGGUCACUGGCAUUUGCCUUUCAUGCCAGAGAUGCAGAUGGGACUUUUCCAAAUGGUGCCCUCCGUUACAGUCUUACCUCUGACAUCAGCGAGUCUCCAUCCCAUUUCCCCUUUGACAUUGACCCACGCACAGGUUGCCUGACUGUCGCAGCACCACUGGACCGCGAGAGUGUACCCUCUUUUGUGUUCACUGUAACUGCAACAGACCAGGCCAUCAGCAAGGAGGAGAGGAAACAGGCGUCGGUGACGGCUCAGCUCUUUCUGCUAGACGUAAACGAUAACCGGCCAGUGUUUGUGUCAGGCGACACAGUCCAGGUGAUGGAGGAUGCAGAGGUGGGGAGUCUCCUGCAUCAUUUCCUGGCUAUAGAUGGGGACUUGGGGGCAAAUGGGGUUACCACUUUCUCCCUUAUCGCUGGAAACAGCAAGGGUGUCUUCUCGCUGGAGGAGAGAACAGGUCUCCUGUUUUUGUCCUCUCCUCUGGACUAUGAGACUCAGCAAGUCCACCGUAUAACUGUCCGUGCUGUUGACCACGGCGCCCCCCAGCUCUCCUCCACUCAGACUCUGACGGUGAAGGUGGGGGACGUGAACGAUCAGGCGCCGGUCUUCAGUGAGAUCAUCUAUGAGGCCAGUGUGGCAGAGAACAGAGACGCUGGAGAGCCAGUGGUUAGGGUGUCUGCAACUGACAUAGACUCAGAGGAAAACGCUGUGGUGUGGUACAGUCUGCUGCCCGGUCCUGGCUAUGAGCUGUUCAGCAUCAACCCGUACUCAGGUGUGAUCACCACCAACUCCCGCCUGGACAGAGAACAGCAUUCACACUUCAUGCUUAGAGUUCAGGCUCGGGACAGCGGCUUGCGGCCACUUUCGGGUACAGCCACAGUUCUGUGCUCUGUCCUGGAUGAUAACGACAACCCUCCAGUCUUCAUGCAGUCCUCCUUCACCAUCCGCCUGCCAGAAAACCUUCUUCCUGGGGUCAUCCACACAGCUCAGGCCUUUGACCCAGACCAGGAAGAAAACAGCACCAUCUACUACUCCCUAUUAGGUGAGGACUACGAGGGUUUGUUCACUGUUAACAGUCAGACCGGUGCCAUUAGCAGCACUCGGGUUCUUGAUCGGGAGGAAACAGAAAAUUAUACUCUCACAAUAAAGGCCCUGGACUCUGGUCCAAUCCCACUGAGCUCCACUACCCAGCUUGAGCUGGUGCUGCUGGACCAGAACGACAAUUCCCCCUCCUUCAGCUUUAGGAGCUACCGUGCCUCUGUCGUGGAGGGCCUCUCAGCUGGAAGCGAGGUCCUGCGUGUCAGCGCCUUUGACCCAGACGAAGGCCCCAACGGGGAUGUGACCUACUCCCUGACAGAGGACGGCAACCAGGGCGCCUUUUCCAUCGACGCCUUCACCGGAGUGAUCCGAACUACCAAGUCUCUGGACAGAGAGAGCAGGGCUCAGUACACGCUCAGAGUGGUGGCCUCUGACAGCUGCUCUCAGGGGCCGCUGAGCUCUGUGGUGUCCGUCAGCAUACAGGUCGAGGACGUCAAUGAUAACAUCCCCAUCUGUGAUCAGAACCCCUUCGAUGCAUGGGUGUCCACAAGGACGCCACCAAAUCAGAUACUGACCACAGUGACUGCGACUGAUGGAGAUGAGGGGGAGAAUGGGACAGUGGAGUUCAGGCUGUACGAUGAGGAGAAUCUGUUUGACAUCAACAGUGAGUCUGGAGAGAUCUCUCUGAGGAGGAGAGUUAGAGCAGGAUUCUCAGGGAGGAGGCUGCAGGUUGUGGUUUCAGACAGAGGAAAUCCUGCUCUGACCUCCAACUGCCUGGUUCUGAUCCAUCUGAAAGGAGAGCACGAGGGACUCCAGUUCACAAACAUGGUGUACAACGUUUCUGUGAAGGAGAACAGCAGAGCAGGGACUUGGAUUGCAAAAGUGGAGGCCAGGGACCAAACAAUCAAUUCCCAGAGGAUCACAUAUUCCAUAUUCAGCGGCAAUGAGAAUCACAUUUUCUCCAUCAACCGUCACACAGGGGACAUCCGUGUUCAGAAAGACAACUACUUGGACUUUGAGGUGGACCCUCACAUGCAGCUGGUGGUUCUGGGUGACAGUGGACUGCAGACGGCUUACUGCAGGGUCUCCAUCACACUGCUGGACAUCAAUGACAACGCACCACAGUUUGAACACAGCAGCUAUAAAACCUCUGUUUGGGAGGGCCAAGUGCUCAACACCUAUAUCAUGCAGGUGUUUGCAUCAGACGCAGACAGCGGUGUGAAUGGACAGAUCGAAUACUCCAUCCUGUCCGGGAACAAUAAUGGCGCUUUUAUUUUGGACUCUCUGGGAGGCAUCCUUGCUACUAACGUUGCUCUAGAUCGGGAGAUCACCUCUUCUUACAAGCUGGUUCUGCAGGCAUCAGACAAAGGGACUCCUCCACUCAGCAGCACUGCCACUGUUAGGGUCCAAGUGGUGGAUGUCAAUGACAACAGCCCCGUCAUCCCAGCCAUGGAUCCUGCAGUCAUAGCUGAGAAUCUACCUGCAGGAAGCAUAGUCACACAGGUGGCUGCGAACGACGUUGACCUGAAUUCGGCUAUAACCUACAGCUUCUCAGAGAAUAGCAGCAGCAGCGCUCCCUUUACCAUCGACCGUUACACAGGGCUCAUCACCCUGACCCAAGCUCUGGACCAUGAGGCACAGAAAGAGUACACUCUGAAAGUGUGGGCCUCUGACUCCAUCCACCACACCUCUGGAGAGGUCAAAGUUCAAGUGCUUGAUGUGAAUGACAAUGCUCCAGUCUUCACACAAGUUUCCUACAAGGUGGAAAUGUCAGAACUGGCCUCAGCAGAAACCUUAGUUCUGACAGUGUCAGCCACCGACCGAGAUUCUGGACUCAACGGAAAGAUCACCUAUAGACUUCUAUCAUCCCCCUUGCAAGGCUUUUACAUACAACCAGACACAGGUUCUGUUUUUACAAGCAAGCCCUUAAAGGCCAUUACAAAUACCAAUCCGAUCCAUCUUCUGGUUGAGGCGCGAGAUGGCGGGGAUCCUGUUCGCUCCACUGUGGCUUCCAUUGAUGUGCUGAUCCUGGACUCCAAUGACCAUGAACCACUCUUUCCCCAGGACGUCUACACACUCACUCUGCCAGAAGACACAUCCACGGACACCACCCUCCUCACUUUGUCUGCAGAGGACAAAGACUGGAGUCAGGACAAUACACAUUUGGACUACGCUAUCACUGGGGGAAAUGAAGAGACACGGUUUUGUUUGGAGGUGAACAUGGCCGCAGUUGAAAAUCAGAUGAAAAAUGUUGGAAGGCUCGUCCUGUGUAACCCCUUGGACCGUGAAACAACAGAGAGCUACGAGCUAACAGUGAGUGUUUCUGAUCGAGGGAUACCUCCGCUGAACAGCUCGGCGGUCGUCCGAGUAACGGUGACAGACUGCAAUGACAAUGCCCCAAUCUUUUCCAGCACAGAGUACCACGCACAGGUGAGCGAAAACAGCCAGAUAGGUACCAGUCUGCUGCAGGUUAGUGCUCAGGACCCUGACCUGGGAAUCAACGGCCUGGUGCGGUACGACAUCAUUGCUGGAAACAAUAAGGGUCACCUAAACCUUGACCCUCACACUGGCCUUUUGCUGAUCAACCACUCACUUGACUAUGAACAAGACCCAAAAUACACUUUAACUAUCAGAGCAUCUGAUGCCGGUGAAGCGGCUGAAAACCAUAAAGUGUCUUUUGCAGUUGUUUUUAUCACAGUGUCAGAUGAAAAUGACAAUACUCCAUACUUCAUGUUCCCUGCGGUUAACUGUUCGGUUCUGGAAAACCUUCCAGCAUUUACUCACACAUGUUCUGUCCUUGCUGUUGACAAUGACUUGGGUUCCUACGGCCAGCUCACAUACUCUAUUGUUUCUCCUUGCUUCAUGGACUAUAGCGGGGGCAACCCUGAGAAGAAGGAAGCCUUUGCCAUUGAUCCACUUACCGGCGACAUCCACACCAGACAGACUUUUGAUUAUGAACGAGAGAGUGUGUACUGCUUUGUAGUGGAGGCCAGAGACAAAGGCGACAAAACAGCCACAACUAGAGUGCAGGUGCUCAUCAAAGGAGUGGAUGAGUUCAGUCCUGUCUUUGCCCAAAAUAAAUACCACUUCCUCCUGCCAGAACACAUAAAAACUGGAGAAAUUGUGGGUUUUGUGAUGGCAGUGGACCAAGAUGGAGGUGUGGAUGGGCUGGUGGAGUAUUCACUUGUUAACUCUUCACCUUUUUUCUCAAUCAACAAAACGAUUGGUGCUAUCUAUGUGUCCGGUCCAGUUUAUCGUAGAAGAGGAGGCCAUGGCGGUGAGGAUGGGGUUGAGCUGGUGGUCUCUGCAGGUAGCCCCAGACCAGGCUCUAAGACUGCAACCUGCCUAGUGUAUGUCAAUAUCUCCAGCUCAGCAGAGGACCUCUACGGCAUGCCCCUCCAUGCACAUGUGCUCACUUUGAGUAUCCCACUUGCCAUGUUCUUCCUUGUGCUCUCCAUCUUUGUCUGCUUGACUGUCAGGUACAAAGUUAAAGAAGCCAACAAUCGAAAGGUGGAUGGUUUGGAUGCACAGCUCAGCCAUGGUUCAAUCAGUGAAUCAGACAGCCAAACACAAAGCGUUAUAUCCCUGCAGGAUGUGACUCAGCCUAACACCCUAGUCUCGAAGAGGGAUGCUUACUGUCAGUCAGACUCGAGUGGCCGUGGAUCAGCAGAGGGAGAGACAGCAGAGGACCAGGAAAUCAAGUGGAUCAAUGAGUUCCCUUGCCGUAAAACAGAUGAGGCUGCCACACAGGCCACUGGGAUUCAAAAGACUUCCCCACUGGCAGAUAACGUUUCCAGCCACUCCAUUGAUGUUGGGCCAGAACAUAUUUUAGCCAUUAAUAAAUGUUUGGGUAUGGCCAUGCCAAGCACGGAAAGCCUCUACCAUUUUAAGGAGGAAGGAGGAGGUGAGGGACUACUUCCUGUAAUCCUUAAGGUGAAAGACUUAGAAGAAAACAUGGGGACAAAAGGGUAUGCCCCUUUUUCUCAAGCCUCAGCUUCUGCAGAUUCGUUGUCUUCACUUGUGUGCCUUGAAGAGCAGCUGCAGGGCAGCUACUACUGGGACCAUCUACUGGACUGGGAACCAUGCUUCCGAAACCUGGCCUCAGUUUUCACAGAUAUAGGCAUGCUUCCCGAUGAGGAGCUUCAAGGGGGGCGCGAGGACGUGGCAGCAGAGUCCAUCUGCCUCAUGUAUCCACCUCCUCUAAUAACAGGAGUAGCUCAGCCUGGCAUUCGAACUGUUCCCCCACGUAAGCCAGUGCGAGUCCCGAGCCUGAGCAGGAAGUCCUCUUUCCCCAAAUAUGCUUAUUCGCCUUUGGGCAGAAACACAGGACUUACUCCGUCAGCCAUGACACCAACUUUCUCACCGUCAUUGUCCUCCCUUACUGUAAGGACCCCCAACACCUCUCCAGUUGUCUCAGACUCUGGGGUAGGGGGCAUCAGAGUCGACUCAGGGCCUCACACUGUCAGCCUUUUAGAGUCCGAAAUUCAUGUUUGACGAAAAACUUUAUUAUUUAAUAAUUUUUUAAUGGUUUGGUUACAUUUUAAAACAUGCUUGUUUCUAUAUUCAUCAAACUGCUCGUACUUUGUUUUUCCUUUUUGUGUGGAUUCAAACUCAUAAAUUAAUUGUAUUUUGAAAAUGACAAAUUACAAGACUGUAAUACUGGAAUUUAUUAACCAAUUAAAUAACUUCUUUACAUAAAAUCUAAAGCAGUUUCGAAAUAAACCUGAAGUCCACCUGCAUUAUUGUUCUACAAUAUAACUUUUGAGGAAACAAAUGUUUUAGUUAGCUGCAGAAUGCAGUUUUUUUAAACACAUUUCUUUGUACUGAAAAUGAAACACUUUGUUAUUGCGCUUGAUUCUAAAAAGGACAUUUCUUUAUAUUGUUAGUUUAAUGAAGUCACAAAAGAACAGCAAUGUUGAUCUCAAGUCAAGGCAGUCUUGCUGGAAUUGUAAUAAAUAAGUUAUGUUUUGAAUAAAUACCCUUCUAGCUU